GCACCUGACCUAGUGGACCCCAAAUCCGCCACUCACAGCAGCAAGCCCCGUCGCUCCUUCUCCGCCAAGUCAAUCACACUGAGCCCUACAGAGGAGUGUCAGGCCAUUGCCACGGUGAUGAAGUGGAAGACAGUGUCAGCCAUUUUCCUCCUGGUGGUUCUCUACCUGGUUGUUGGAGCUGCCGUCUUCAAGGCCCUAGAACAACCCCAUGAGAGUGCUCAGCGCCUGGCCAUCCUGACUCAGAAACUAGACUUCCUCUCUACACACUCCUGUGUAAACCACAGCCAACUUGAGGAACUGGUCAAGCAAGUGGUGUCAGCGAUCCGUUCAGGGGUGAACCCAGCCGGGACUCUGACCAAUCACAGCAGCCUCUGGGACCUAAGCUCCUCCUUCUUCUUCGCUGGAACCGUCAUCACUACCAUCGGAUUUGGGAACAUUUCCCCCCAUACAGAGGGAGGGCAUAUCUUCUGUAUCAUCUAUGCCCUUCUGGGGAUCCCUCUGUUUGGCUUCCUGCUGGCUGGAGUAGGAGACCAACUGGGAACCAUCUUUGGGAAGGCAACCGCCAGGGUUGAGAAGAUGUUUGUGCAGUGGGAUGUUAGUCAGACCAAGAUUCGUGUCAUCUCCACCGUUCUCUUCAUCCUGUUCGGCUGUCUGCUCUUCGUGGCACUGCCGGCAGCCAUCUUUAAACACAUUGAGGGCUGGAGUGCCCUGGAGUCCCUCUACUUUGUAGUCAUCACCUUGACAACCAUUGGUUUCGGGGACUUUGUCGCAGGUGGAUCAGAGAUUGAGUAUCUGGACUACUACAAGCCUGUGGUGUGGUUCUGGAUCCUGGUGGGACUGGCGUACUUCGCUGCUGUUCUCAGCAUGAUAGGAGACUGGCUCAGAGUCAUCUCUAAGAAGACUAAAGAGGAGGUAGGGGAGAUCAGGGCUCACGCAGCAGAGUGGACGGCUAACGUCUCGGCAGAGUUCAAGGAGACUAGGCGUCGCCUCAGCGUCGAGGUCUACGACAAAUUCCAGCGAGCCGCAUCAAUCAAAAGCAAAAUGUCAUCCGAGCUGGGCCCAAACUCUGACCCCGAGCUCACCCCACCCAAAAGGAAGAUGUCCGUCAACUUCACCAAUGAAUUGGAUCGGGAGAAGGAGCCGGUGUCCCCGCCUGUUACCAAAAAUGGAAGUCCGAUCCUAAACGGGAAGCGGGUGGACACUAAGAGAGGUGACAUUGCUAUUACACCUCAAGUAGAGGUCACAACCUUUCACCUCUGACUCUGCUUCAGCACAAGCCCCGCCCACCUGGUUACAACAACCAAUGACAGCCAUCUUUCAGCACAAAGUGGAUGAUGUCAUUGAUAAACAACUGCCCUUAUGACGGACUAUAUAACAAUAUAACACUAUGAAUAAAUGAUGAAGCAUUUUGAUUUUGAACUACAGCUGAAUAACAACAUGAAUUGUGAACUGUGAACAGAUGUUAAUGUGUCUGAAUAGAAGAGUCACGUUUGAGGAGUAAGGCCAGGGCAAAUCUGAAUUGUCAUCCUAUUCCCUGUAUAGUGUUCUACUUAAUGGCCAUAACCUCAUAGGGUUCUGGUCAAAAGCAGUCAACUAUAUAGGAAAUAGGGUAAAAUUUAGGACAUAGCCUUAGUUUAUGUAUACAAUUUAUUAUGUUGCCAAUGUAUGAGGAAUAUUAGUGAGUACUAGUAUGUCUCUAUGCCUUGAGUCAGAGUUUGGUUCGGUUCUAUAGGGUUCUAAAGGGUUCCAAGAGGGAACCUUUCCCUGACUGUUAACCAGAACCGGACCGCUCAGGGGUUUUUUUCUACUGAAGGAAACACAGCGGUGCCUUAGUACUUUUCUACCAUGUGAAUGAACAGACGAUGCUUUCUCUUGUCGAUCGUAACGCUCACUCUUGUCAUUUAAAACAACGAGACAGUUUGUCUGUAAAACUACGUGGCUGUAGUCCUCCGAGCUGCUCUAGGGAUGCUGGGAGUUUGGAACAUCAAAUGGAAGCUCCACUCCACUAGGACUGUUUCAGGACAGACAUUUUAACAUUGAAAAAAACUAGGCUUAUGUCUUUUGACAUGAGUGCCAAUUAUUUGCGUUGUCAAAAUGUCCUACUACAGUACAUACAACAUCAAUGUGAACCAAAACUCACCCUCGCCAUUAUGACGAAAAAAUGGCUGCCUUGCCUCAACACAUUUCCUAAAUUGACAGUUCUGUUCAACAUUAUAUUGUCGUAUUCAGAGCUAAUGCCAAAUCUGAAGGAGAUAAAAAUUAUAAUGAAUUUGGUGGGUGCUUAUAUUUGUUGUCCUAUGUACAAGUGUAUAUUCAUUGGAAAUGUGUUUUUUGCAUAUUUUCCUUAGACAGCCUCAGAUAGUGGGGUAACAGCCAGGGUCUGACAUAAUCAACAGAAACCCUUGAGCAAUUAGGAUUAAGUGCCUUGCUCAAGGUCACGUCAACUGAUUUAUUACCUAGUCAGCUCUGGGAUUCAAACUAGCAACUUUUCAGUUACUGGCUCAACGCUCUAACCGCAAGGCUACCUGCCGCCCUAAGAUGAGGGUGUGGCGGUUGACUGUUAAGAUACCUGCUGUGUUCAGACUGUAAAAUUAAAUCUCUAUAUCAUGUCUUCCUCCGUAAGGAGGUGGAGGAAGUAGAUGCACAUGGUUCAUCAAUCUGUUCAAUGUCUCAGCUAGCUCUCAGCCACCGCUUGUCUCAGCAUAUCCAAUUACGAUUUAUUUGUUAUCACAUGACUAUCUGUCUUUUCAUAUGAUAUAUUAUCUUAUAGCAGACCUUUUUAUGCUCAAUCUAAGGUAUUUUGAUUGAAACCAUAGUGGGGUAUUUGAGAAGGAGGAGGAGGGGUUGACCUAGCCGAUGUGAACUAGCUAGUGAGAGCUAGCCAUCGUGCAGUGACGUCACCCACCCGGAGAUCUAGUCAACUGUCGCUUGCAGAGUGACAAGCUGGUCGGCUUCUGGCUCUGUCAGUAACACUGUUGGCUUGAGUGCAUAAGUCUUGUUGUGGGUUUGAGUCCCGGGUUCGCCGUACAGGGAUGAACUCUGUUACAUUGAAUUGGAUGUGUUGCAGACGGAUACACAGGCCAGAUGACUUUGAAUGUUACUUGAAACGUUACAAACGGACAAAGAGCUGAUGAAACAGUUUUUUACAGGCAAAACACACCAACACAUGAAAUCAUUCAGCAUUACACGCACACUCACACACACACCUGAGGGUUCUCUCUCACAACACCCUGUGUACACCUGCCAUACAACAUGCACUUUUAUUUUACCGCCUGUGUUUAAAGUUACAACAUUUUUAUUGUUUUCACAGCUAACUCUUUCACCAUGAAGGCUUUCGUAUCGUCGUUCUGCAGAGAUGAACUGUAACUGUUCUCUUUAUAGCGAUGCUGCUGCCUGUCUGGCACGCAGUCCACAGACAUGUUGUAUUCAUUCGCGCCAGUGUGAAACCACGGCUACCGUUCCAAUGUCCACGCUUGCAUCCCACCUAGAAUGCAAGCUUAAUAAGUGUCAGGCUAGAUGCUAAAGUGGAUAUUGGAACAGAUCCUGUAUGUGAAAUCCCUGACACGAAUACUAUCAUUUCAGAGAGCGCUACUAUCUCUGACUGAACACCAUUUAGUUAUUAGGUAGUAGAGAGAUAAACAGACCUGCUAUCUUAAUUUGAUUGGUCUGAUGUCACUGAUCAUUUUCCUGUGCAGGAGGAUAUGCUAAUUAUAGUGUAUUCAAGGUAUAAGGUCUAAAGUUUGGAAUUUCCACUUUAAAAUGUCAGACUUGAUUUGCCCUAAUGAAAAAUGUAUCAAUCCCUACAAAAAUGUUCAUUAAUUGUAAUCCACAUAAUUCCCAUUUCCUGCUGUGAGAACCAGGUGUAACAGUUUAACUUUAGUCCGUCCCCUCGCACCCCGACCCGGGCGCGAACCAGGGACCCUCUGCACACAUCACCAACAGUCACCCACGAAGCAUUAUUACCCAUCGCUCCACAAAAGCCGCGGCCCUUGCAGAGCAAGGGGAACCACUACUUCAAGGUCUCAAAGCGAGUGACGAAACCGAUUGAAACGCUAUUAGCGUGCACCACCGCUAACUAGCUAGCCAUUUCACAUCCGUUACACAGGGUAAAAUCGAGAGUGCAUCUAUAGGAGAGUGAUUAGGGGGAUAGAGAACAAUAAAGUACUGUAAUAACAUGGGUCGUGUCUGAAUACCCAUACUUGCAUUGUAAAUACUGUAGUAUGCUUUUUGGGUAUGAGGAAAUAGAACGUUUUAUAGUAUUGGAGAUUUCGAAAAAUGAGUAUGCUUUAAUAAAUGCCAGGGUGUCAUACUAAUUUCGGGCUUGUCAUUAAGUAGAAUUCGCUGCACAUUAGUGAGGAAGAGAAUAGUAUUUUCCCGACUCACGUGUGUUUGACCACAGCUGAUAAUCAGAAUAAUAGAGGACGCACGCUACAUAAAUGAACAAAUGGCGGGGAACAAGGAAUUAGAUGACGUCUUCUCGGUAUGUUAUUUGUUGCUUAAUGUAUAUGUUUUUACUAAACAGCAUGUUCUUAAUAGUAUGUACUACUAGUAUUAAUACACGGUAUGUCGUUUUAGUAAGUAGUAGGCAAGAUUUAGGACACAGCCAUGGUCUUACAAGCCUGGGGAGAAGUACAACAGAACGUUUAGGUCAUUCAGAUCCUGCCGAUGUGUUGCUUGUUGUGUCCACGGCAGUGCCAUAGUAGUGGCUUGGUCUGUCUGUCUUUGCAUUUUCUCUGUCUGUGUUACUGUCAGGCCUGGGUCCAAUAUGCAUUUGUUUUGUUCCAAAUACUUGAGGUGCAUUUGAUUUAUCAUGGCUAGCACGCAGAGUUUGCACUUGGGACUAUUCCAUUGGUUCCACUAGGCUGGACUAGUCCUUUCAUAGACGCUAACUAGCUUUAGCGCCUAUUUACGAUAGUAUCUUCUGGCAGGAAGAGUUUUGUUAAGAGGCCCGACACUUGCUCUAAACGUUAACAUGAAUUGCUUGUGGUACAUUUUUGGAAACAUAAGUAAAGAUUUUUUCAUAACAGCGAGAAAUAAUUGUCAAAAAACAAAAGGUUAAAUUACUACACACCUUUAUAGUGUUAGGGUUCCCUCACAGCCUUAUAUCCAUGUUACAGCGCUUGUUUAUGGAAAAAAAAGAGUUGACUACCUGUGCUUAUUAGCUAUCUGUUUCCUCGAACACCUUUGUCUAAAAGGAAGACAGACACCAUAAACGUGUUGUUUAAAAUACUGUCGGCUGCAACUGUGGUAAAACCAGUUAAAAUACUCUACAGUAAGUGUAUAUUUUGCAUUUUUGUGAAAUUAUUUCGUUGUGAUAUGAAAGUAGCUUUAUUAUUUCCUGAACUGUACCGCAAUUGAGAAUCGUUUCACAUUUAGAUGGAGUAUUUGGUUGUUUUUUGCUUCCAGAGCCAAUUCGCCCUUUAAACAGAACAUGAAAGGUCCUUGGACUAUAAGGAGGAACGUUAGGCUCCUUCUAGUCCAUUAUUGGGCUAGGGCCAGACAAGCUAAUGUAUUUGGCCCAUGUCUGGCUAUUAUUACAGUAUCAUUAGCGUUGACUCUAACAUGGGUUACUGAUGGCUAUUAAUUAACAUGUAUGAACUGUUAUUAACUCAAUGCAUGGACGGUAUUCUUCAAAUACAACACUAGAUAUGUUAAGUAUUUUCUGAUUGUUAAUAUUUGUUUUAUUUGGGACAAUUCUACGCUGUUGGC